AUGACUGAGUGUAGCUAUCUCAUUUAUACGGUGGCCGAAUCUACACCAAAACCAAGUCCACCUGUCAUCCACUUCUCCAUGCCAAGCUCAAAGAUUAUUACCGAUUUCGAAGCCGACACAACCUUUCAUUGCUCCUCGGGAUCCGAUCAAGCUAUGGAGAAAAGUAUGGCUCCUCGGGAGAGCGUUGGAAGCACGGGAAAUGUAUCGGAGAAGUAUGACAUUGUAAUCGUCGGGGCUGGACCGGUUGGAUUACUGCUCUCAACCUGUCUAGCACGUUGGGGUUACAAGAUCAAGCACAUCGACAAUAGGCCAGAACCAACCAAAACUGGAAGAGCAGACGGUAUUCAACCUCGGUCCCUGGAUCUUUUACGGAACAUGGGCUUGAAACCUGCUAUUAUGGCACACGAACCUGCAAAGGUUUACGAGGUCGCAUUUUGGGAUCCAACAGCUGGUGGAAAGGGUAUACACAGAACUGGAACAUGGGCGAGUUGUCCUAGCUUUAUUGACGCCAGAUACCCAUUCACGACCUUGUUGCAUCAAGGCUUGAUUGAAAGAGUAUUCAUCGCGGAUCUGGAGAAGCACAAUGUUCAGAUCGAGAGACCUUGGACAAUCACGGGGUUCAAGACGGAUGAGGAGGAAGAUCCCGAGUAUCCAGUGGAAGUGAGCUUAGCACAAGUUGAAGGCGGUUCAAAAGAGACUGUCAGAGCAAAAUACCUCUUUGGUGGUGAGGGAGCUAGGUCAUUUGUGCGAGAACAAUUGAAAAUUGGGAUCAAGCACAAGGACCCGAUCGCGCAUGUAUGGGGUGUUAUGGAUGGUGUGGUUCAAACAGAUUUCCCUGAUAUCAAGAUGAAAUGCACCAUUCAUUCAGAUUUUGGAUCAAUAAUGGUCAUUCCACGAGAAGAUAACAUGGUUCGUCUUUACAUCCAGAUCGCAUCUUCAACCGAUAAGGACUGGAAUCCUCGGAAGACAGCCACAGAAGAGGAGGUACAGGCUUCAGCAAAGAAAAUACUACAACCUUAUAACAUUGAAUGGGAACGUGUAGAAUGGUUCUCUGUGUACCCAAUUGGUCAAGGCAUCGCGGACAAAUAUACUCUUGAUCAUAGAGUUUUCCUGGGUGGUGAUGCCUGUCAUACACAUAGUCCAAAAGCAGGACAGGGAAUGAACACAGCAUUCCUGGAUGCUCAGAACCUUGCCUGGAAGAUACACCACGUUGAAUCAGGAUUCGCUGAUCGAUCUAUUCUUCAUUCAUACGAGGCCGAAAGGAAAAAGGUUGCUGAAAACUUAUUGGACUUUGACGCAAAAUACGCAGCUCUGUUUUCACAAAAGGCCCCAGCUGCCAAGGACGUCGAGGCAGCCACGCAUCAAGGAGCAGAACACACAAGCGUGGAGGGAGAAGAAAACGAAUUCAUCAAGACAUUCAAGGAGUCCUGUGAAUUUACCAGCGGUUAUGGGGUGGCAUAUAAUCCCAACUCACUAAACUGGUCAUCAUCCCAUCCAGCACAAUCGAGCGUCAUAAAUCCAAAGGGUAAUAAGCUCCGGACCGGUCGUAUUCUCACCAAUUCCAAUGUUACACGAGUCACGGACGCCAAUGUUGUUCACCUCGAGCAAGAGAUUCCUGUCAAUGGUUCAUUCCGAGUAUACGUUUUUGCGGGAAAGCCGGCAACGACUAAACAGGCACUCAAUGAUUUUGCACAAAACCUUACCAAGAAUGGUUCAUUCCUCUCAACAUAUUUGCGAUCAGACAUCGAUACCGUAUCUUAUCACGAACGUCACAACCCCCACAGUCACUUCUUCACCUUUUGCACAAUUUUUGCCGAGAAGAGGCAAAACAUUGAAAUUGCACGAGAUGUUCCAAAGACUUUGGCUAGAUAUAGUGAUCACGUCUAUGCAGAUGAUAUUUGGGAUCGUAUGGUACCAGAUGCCAAAGCUUCGAGUCAUAGCAAGAUGGGAUUAGAUGAAGAAAACGGAGGCAUCGUGGUUGUUAGACCGGAUGGGUAUGUAGGAAUUGUUGUGAGCUUGGAAGAAGGCAGCGCAACAGUUGAUGCGCUUAAUGAGUAUUUCGGGGCUUUUUGUUCGAAGAAACUUGGAGAGUCAAGAGCAAAUUUGUGA